AAAGUUUGACAUUCUCUAUCAGAUUUUCUAUUUUUUUUGAGCUCAUUAAGCUGAUUUUCACGUACACUGCCCCCCACCCCCACACUCACGCCGACCCCUCUCGGCAGAGGCGCGAAGCGAAGAAAGAAAGAAGUGAAGGGAAGGACAGGGAAAAAGUAGGACUCCCGGUCAGGUGUUUAAAGGUGCGUUUUUUGCGGGGAAGGGUUUUAGAGGGGACGGUGAGCUUCCGAUGGGUAGUUCGAAAAUGGAGGGGUCGUCUACGCCGGCGCUGCGGAGAGACCCUUACGAGGUUUUGUCUGUUUCGAGGGAUUCUUCUGAUCAGGAUAUUAAGACUGCUUACAGAAAACUUGCCCUCAAGUAUCAUCCUGACAAAAAUGCUAGCAACCCUGAAGCUUCGGAGCUUUUCAAGGAGGUUGCAUACUCAUAUGGCAUUUUAUCUGAUCCAGAGAAAAGGAGGCAGUAUGAUAUGGCUGGAUUUGAGGCCCUGGAUGCUGAUGGAAUGGAUAUGGAAGUUGAUCUAUCCAACCUUGGCACUGUUAACACAAUGUUUGCAGCAUUGUUUAGCAAAUUGGGUGUUCCUAUCAAGACGACUAUUUCAGCCACUGUUCUUGAAGAAGCUCUAAAUGGAACUGUCACAAUUAGGCCUUUGCCAAUUGGAACAUCAUGCAGUGCUAAGGUAGAAAAGCAAAAUGCCCAUUUUUUUGGUGUAACAAUUAGUGAGGAACAAGCUGAGUCAGGGAUUGUGGUUAGAGUAACGUCAGCUUCUCAAAGCAAAUUUAAGCUACUAUAUUUUGAACAAGAUCCAAAUGGGGGUUAUGGACUGGCUUUGCAGGAAGAUAGUGAAAAAACUGGCAAGGUGACAUCAGCAGGAAUGUAUUUCUUGCAUUUUCAGGUUUAUAGGAUGGAUUCAACAGUAAAUGCGUUAGCAAUGGCCAAGGAUCCCGAUGCAGCUUUUUUUAAGAGGCUGGAAGGCCUUCAACCUUGUGAGGUCUCAGAUCUAAAAGCUGGCACUCACAUAUUCGCUGUUUAUGGAGAUAACUUCUUCAAACCUGCUUCAUAUACAAUUGAGGCUCUUUGUGCCAAAACAUACGAGGACUCAACAAGCAAGCUGCAGGAUAUCGAAUCUCAGAUUUUGAGGAAGAGAAAUGAGCUUCGACAAUUUGAGACAGAAUACAGAAAGGCAUUGGCACGGUUCCAAGAAGUGACCAACAGAUACACCCAGGAGAAGCAGACCGUGGAUGAAUUGCUGAAACAACGAGACACUAUCCAUUCUGCGUUCACUGUUGCAAGGUCAACCGUUAUUGCUACGAGUAGUGGAAGUGGGCAUUUCAGUAAUGGAAGUAGCAGUAGAAUUCUUGGCGACGAUUUUAAAGCUGAGAGCCCAGGGGAAGAUGGAACCCCCGAAUCCAAAGACAAAUCGUCAAAGAAAAAAUGGUUUAAUCUUAACCUCAAAGGAUCCGAUAAGAAGACUUAAAAAUGGGGUUUAUAGAUUUGGAACAUCAUCUUGGCAUCUUGCACAGAAUGAAGCUGGUAUUGAUUGUUUGAUCCUCUACUGUAGCAAAGCCACCAUGUAUUAUUUGUUCAUUUUUUCCCUCUCUCUUUCUAUAUAUAUCUUGAAGGUUUUGAAUUGUUCAGAAUAUCAAGCAUUUUUAUGUAGUGUGGUUCAUCUCUAGCACUGUAUCAUAAUCUUGAAACCUGAUUUUUCUGCUUUCACAUUCAUGUAGGGAUUUAAAUUAAGUGGCUGUAUAAUUGCAUUUCAAAUUAUUUAUACUAAAUUAUGAAUUGCUAUUACAUUUCA